AUGGAUGAUUUGAAGAACAGGAGCUUCAGCUUUGAUGGACGGAGGAGAUCAUUUUCUUCCGAUAACAACAAAUUCACUAGAUCCGAUAAUUCCCACCUGAAAUCGGAGCUAGGUUCUUCCCUCUCUUUCAGAUUCACUUCCUACGAGAAGCUCUCGGAUUCAAUGCGGCUCUAUGAUGAUGUCGCUGAAUCUAGCAAUGAUUAUGGCUGCCGGAAAAGGACCGGAGCCUGGGCGUUUAUAGCUAAAAUCUUCUGCUUGAAGAAAGCUGCAGGGGCUGAUUCUGAUUCCUCCGAUAGACGGCGGUCUUCGUCAUGGCGACCUGAUCCAAACCGUCGAUGGCCUGUUCAAGGAUGGUGA